AUGUCAACGUCUCCAGCUGCCCGUCGCCUUCUCGGCAAAACUGUCGUGAUCACAGGUGCUUCGAGCGGUAUUGGACGGAGCACCGCUUUUGAAUUCGCUCGAGCUUCGCCGCUGGGACUAAAACUUAUCCUUGCCGCGCGCCGAAUCGAGGCCCUUCACGAGAUUGCAAGCUCGAUCAAACGGGAGGUUGGCGACGGAGUGAAAAUCUUGCCCGUUAAACUGGACGUGGCAAGCAGCGAGGACGUGCGCCAGUUCGUCCCUAAUCUACCAGAGGAGUUCCGGAAUAUCGAUAUCUUGAUCAACAAUGCGUAUGGAUCCCCCAAACUAACUAACAUGCUCUUCAGUGGCCUCGUCAAAGGCGUUGCCCGAGCCCCAGAAAUCGCAGAACAAGAUAUUGGUGCAAUGAUUUCCACAAAUGUAACCGGUCUUAUCAGUAUGACCCAGGCCGUGCUUCCCAUCUUCCAAUCCCGCCCUAAUGGGGGUUCCGGUGAUAUCAUAAACGUCGGGUCGAUUGCCGGACGAGAGCCAUAUGCUGGUGGCUCAAUUUACUGCGCUACCAAGGCAGCCGUGCGAAAAUUCUCCGUCGUAAGAUUCUAUGGUGAUAAAGCCAAGGCCGACGCUGUUUAUGCUGGAUGCGACCCUCUUACACCGGGCGACAUCGCCGAGGUAAUCUUAGCGCCUUUCAACGUUCUCACGAUUGGACGCAUUGGCCACUUUACCAUUGUUGACGACGCCCCAGUCACAGAUGCAGAUCUCGGAGCCAACUUCUUCCUUGAUGAGGGCUGCCUUGGGCAACCACGUGCUGAGGCUUGCGCGGAAAGGCUUCUCGAACUGAACCCUGAAGUUCAGGGCAAUUGGCAUCCUAGAUCACCACCCCGGCCAGUCGUGGUUACUGGAACAAAAAAGCUUUGCCUAACCGGCCCGUCCUGGAAACCUGUCGAGCUUUCGUUGGUGCUCCAGGCCACCUCCUCGUUUUCCAUUAUCAUCUACACUCAUCCCAUCAACGCCGAUGAUCUUGCCCUUAUCACUUCUUUCUCAGUAACGCAGAAGAUCCCGCUUGUUUCGGGGAUGCGCACAAACAAUGCGGAAGGUGGUGAAGAGAAUUUCGAAGAAGCGGUCUCUGCCGUUCUCAAGGCCAUCUCCCGCCCUGAACUGCCCACCUCACUUAUGCAGAUAUUUAGUCACGCGAAGCAUCCCACAGGAAAUGAGCGAAGCACGUUUUGGCUUAUUGCCAGCGCAAUACAAAAGUUCUAUAAUAGUCAUGGGCAAUUGCCAUUGCCCGGUCGCAUCCCAGACAUGAAAACAACAUCUGAUGUUUACGUCAAGCUUCAGAAUAUUUAUAAGACCAAGGCGCGAGCUGACGCUCUGGAAGUUUUGGGCUUUGUUAACUCUGAAUGGCCCGGCUCUACGAUAACGCUAAAGGAGAUCGAGCUGUUCUGCCGAAACGCAGCAUUCGCUCGACUCAUCAAUACUCAGCAAGAAUUCACCUAUGCCCGUACCGCUAAGGAGGUCGGCAUGCCACCAAGCCUGUUUCCUAUUUACAUCGCGCUCCGAAUCGCCCAGGAGGUAAUCAAGGUUAUCACAAAGCAGCUCGACUGA